UCCAUCAGUCUGCAUCGCUUUGCUCUUCAGCAGCUUCUCUUCUUCCUUGGCUUCAGAAGCGAUUGAUGCGUCUCGCUAUGACACGUUCAGUGAUGUGUCUUCAGCUCCUCUUCCUCUGUGCUUUAAUGUGUGCUGCUCUGCCUCCACCAGCUUUCUACACUAGAUCUUCACGUCAUGCUGAUGGACUGUUCACCAGUGGUUACAGCAGACUGCUGAGUCAGCUUACAGCUAAAGAUUAUCUGGAGUCACUGAUGGAAAAACGGGUCAAUGGUGACCUGACAGAAAACCUGCUUCCAGCCAAACGGCACUCUGAUGCCGUUUUCACUGACAGCUACAGCCGUUUCCGCAAACAGAUGGCGGCCAAGAAAUACUUGAACUCCGUGCUGCAGGGAAAGAGAAGUGUGGACGAUGUGACCCUGAUCGCUCCAGAUAUUUCUUCAUCUCUGACCAAUGAAGGCUCCUUAUUUCAUGACAUCAUCAGUCAGCUGACUCUGGAUCUGUGAUGUUUGCAGUCCUGAAACAGGACGUUGUGUCUUCAGCUUGUCGGCCAUGUUUUCUUUCAUUCUUUCCUGGAUGUUUUCUGUGUUUUGUUUUGUUUUUUAAUUGACCCAGAUGUGUUGAUGUUGGUGUGAUGAUUAAUUAUUUGUGUUCUACAUGAUGUGCUAAAAAAUGUCAGUGGGUCAUUUGUGUUUAGGGUGGAGCUUCAUCCUGUCAUUAAUGACUGACCCUGUUAAUUAUUGAUCGAGUAAAGUUUCAUUAUCACCUGAAGUCUGGAAUAAAUAAAAACAAAACAGUUUGAACCUGCAUUUUAUUCGACAGGAUGAGAUAUUUAAUUCAUCUGG